AUGCUUCAUCUAGAAAUCGAAGUAUAAUCUUUGCAGUUCUAAAUAGAAAAAUAUUCAGAAUAAUGCAAAAUAAUCAUUCUUGAUGAAAAUGAAUCGAAAAUUUUGAUGUCUAAAAUAUUGAGUCAAUGUGCUAAUGUUUAAGAUAUUAAUGAAGUUGUUGAAUUUGAUUUUUAUUAUACGGAAAACCGAUAUUUAAAAAUAAUGGUCCAAGAUUGCAAAAUAUGCUAUGGUGAAGCAAUACUGAAUUUAGGUUUUUACAUUGAAAAUAAUUUACCAUUGGUUAUUGAUAAAAUUCCUAUUCAUAAUAGAUAUGAUUAGGACGCUUAUAUUUAAGUGGGAUUGGCAUGGAACUAAUUAAAUUAAAGUGAAAAUAAAAGACUUGGAAACAAUCUGAGUAUAAUGAAUACAGAAAUACAAAAAAGUGAUGACUGGUUCAGGCAAAAGAGGGAAUGUCAACAUUCCCCAAUAGAAUAAAGAGGAGAAAAUUAAAAUCAUCACAGAGAAGACACUUUAAAAAAAUAUUAAGAAUAGCCAAGCAAUUUUGAAAGUCAUUCUAAGUACUCUGAAAUCGAUAAGCUAAUUGAGACUGAUACCAAUGUCAGACGAGUAUAAACUGUAAGAGUUUAGAAAGUUUGUUUGUCAUAGUAAAAAUCUAAGGAAGAAAAAUCAGAUUAGGAUUAUCCAACGGCUUUGAGAGAGAAUAAAUUUGUGGUGCCAGGCAAGAAUAAGACUAAAAAUGUAUAGAAUAAUGAAGAGAUCCUGAGAGGAUCAACUAAACCUAAGGCUAAUCCUAAAAAAAUAGAAUAAUUUGAUAAUUUCAAUUCAAGACCAACUUAAAAUGAGCAAUCUUUAUUGACAUCUUGUAGGUAAUUGGAGAUUGGAGAAUAGGAAGAUAAUUUCUUGUAAAUUUAGAAUUAGGUUUUAAAACAUUAGAAUAAAUUAAUGAAACAAUAGAAUGAAAAGUUGCAAGAAUAGAUUAGAAAGUCAGAAGCUGCUUUUAAUUUAUUAUCAGAAACAUAUACUGCUCUUCAAUCAGAUUACAAAAGAAUUUAGAUUCAAAAUUUAAAUAGUAAUUUUAAUAACUCAUUUAUUAAUGAAUUAAAUAAUUUAGCUGAUAAAAAUACUAAGGAAUUUUAAUAGAUUAAAAAGGAGACAGAAAUACUAAAAAAAGAAAUUGAGAUUCUCUUAAGAGAAAAUGAUAUUUUAAAAGAGGAGAAGGAUUAAUAAAAAAAAAAAUAUACUCAUGAAAUAUCUAAAUUGAAUGAAGAAUUAACUAAAAGUAAAAACACAGCUCUUGAAUUAUAAAAUGAAAAAAUUUAACUUUAAAACUAUAUUUAAUCUCAAAAGGAUUCAUAAAUAAAUCAAUAAUGUUAUAUUUGUCUUCAAAAGGAUGAAUUUAAACCAAACAAAGAUAAACUAUAGUAUAAAUCAAAUGUCUGUGCGGAGACUAUCCAGCAAACCAAUGAUGAGAAAGCAAGGACAAGGAAUUCUAAAUUACAGAUUGAUAAUUUGUUAAAGAAUGAAGGAAAGUAGAAAUUAAACCAAUUGUCAGAAUCAGAAUUACAAAGGUUGAUCUAGGAAUAUUCCAGUGAAUUAUAAAUUACUUUAAAAGAGAAUCAAUAAUUAAGUAUAGAUUUAAUGUAAUUAUAAGUACUGAAUUCCAAGAAAGACUAAAUUAGACUGGAGAGCUAUCAGAAGGAGUUAGAAAUAACAAAAAGGAUUGUCAAACUGAGUGAUCAGAGAUGUAGUUCAUUAGAGCAUUAAAUCAUAUAAUUGGAGAAGGCUGUUCUGAAUGGCAAAUAGAAUAUUGCUGAUAUGAUAAAUGCAGUGAUGGAAUGCGGAGGAUAAAAACUUUAGGAUCAAAUGGAAAGAUGUUUGGCAUUUAGAAGAAGUUUAAAAAUAGAUUGA